UCCCUGUCCGGGCCCCGCCGCUCGGGACCCAGGCAGGGCCAACCCGCUGACCCCCGGGCCCCUCCGGGCCUCCGCCCUCCAGGCCCUUCCGGAAUCCCCGCCCCCGGACUCCCUGGGGUCCUCUCUGGUCUCCGUGCCCCCAGCCCCUAGCCCCUAGGGCCAGAGCCGACCGGCCCCUCCCCACUUCCGCGAGGGGGCAGGGGCGGGGUCACGAACUGGGCCCCUUGCCCGGGGGCGGGGCUUUUCCUAAGGGGCAAGGCCAAGGCAUCUCGAAUUGGGGCUGGCAGGGGCCGGGGCAGCGGGUUAUUAAGACUGGCGGGGGGGGGGGUGCGGAUUCCCAGGGUAUUGGGGUCAGGGUGGCAUUAGCCCAGCUCAAGCCGGUCUGGGCUGAGUCAGCGUCGUGCCGCGGCCAACCCUCGUCCCUGACAGCUCUGCUUUCCCUUGGGCGGAGAUGGGAGAUGGCCCCGGUGUUGCCCCUGGUGCUGCCCCUCCAGCCUCGCAUCCGUCUGGCACAGGGCCUCUGGCUCCUCUCCUGGCUGCUGGCGCUGGCCGGAGGCCUCGCCCUCCUCUGUAGCGGGCACCUCCUGGCCCAGCUGUGGCACCUCCACACCUUCUUGGCUCCGUCCUGCCCAUUUGCUGCCCUGCCCCACGUUGCCCUGGCAGCCGGUGCGGUGGCUCUGGGCACAGGGCUGGUGGGUGCGGGAGCCAGCAGGGCCAGCCUGGAUGCGGCCCAAUACCCUCCCUGGCGAAAGGUCCUGGGCCCACUGCUGGUGGUUGGCACCGCUGGGGGCGGGGGUCUUCUGGUCCUCGCCCUGGGGCUAGCCCUGGCUUUACCUGGGAGUCUGGACACCGGGCUGGAGGAGGGCCUGGGGACUGCCUUGGCUCACUACAAAGACACAGAGGUGCCCGGACACUGUCACGCCAAACGGCUGUUGGAUGAGCUCCAGCUGAAGCACCACUGCUGCGGGCGCCACGGGUACAAGGACUGGUUUGGGAUCCAGUGGGUCAGCAGCCGUUACUUGGAUCCCAAUGACCAGGACGUGGUUGACCGGAUCCAGAGCAACGUGGAAGGCCUAUAUCUGAUCGAUAGUGUCCCUUUCUCCUGCUGCAACCCCCACUCGGCCAGACCUUGCCUGCAAAGCCGGCUCUCAGAGCCCCACGUCCACCCUCUCUUCGAUCCCCGUCAGCCCAACCUAAACCUCUGGGCCCAAGGAUGCCACAGGGUGCUGCUGGGGCACCUGCAGGGCUUGGCGAGCAUGCUGGGCAGCAUGCUGGCUGUCACCUUCCUGCUGCAGAUUCUGGUGCUCCUGGGCCUGCGGUACCUGCAGACAGCACUGGAGGGGCUUGGAGGAGUCAUCGACGGGGAGGGAGAGACCCAGGGCUAUCUCUUUCCCAGUGGGCUGAAGGACAUGCUGAAAACAGCAUGGCGACAGGGAGGGGUGGCUGACAGGCCGGCCCCUGAGGAGGCCCCACCAGAAGAGGCACCUCCUAAGGAGGGUCUACCUGAGGCCUAGUGGCCUGAAGCUUCGGGUGGGGACUGGGGGAGGGGGGAAGGGGAGGGAUGGACAAGACCGAAAACCUCACAACUCCUUACCAAGGCUCCGGGUCGGGGAGGGGUGUCCCUGGGAUUAGAGGAGGGGUUAAGGAUAGUCACGGAGCUGGACUGGCGGCGGCGAGAAAACUCGGUGUCCAGGGCCUAGCCCUGUGGCCAAGAGCCACCGGGGAACAGAAGGCACCUAGGGUGAUGGGAAGGUGAUGUGGGAAGGACUGGAGACUGGUCCUGGCACACAGACUCAAUAAAGCUUUUGGACUGAAGCCACUGAUCUUCCUCUUCCAGGG